AUGGGUAUUUCUUACAAUGAGCUUCUUAAAGCUACCAAUGGAUUUAAUGAUUCUACCAACUUGAUUGGUAAGGGAAGUUUCGGUUCUGUAUAUAGGGGAAUUCUUCAACAAGAUGAAUCAAAACCUGUUGCAGUUAAGGUUAUACACCUUAAACAAAGAGGUGCAACUGCGAGUUUCAUGGCUGAGUGUGAUGCUUUAAGGAGAGCUAGACAUAGAAAUUUACUCAAGAUUAUAACUUGUUGUUCAAGUACAGAUUUUCAUGGUAAUCCUUUCAAAGCCCUGGUGUUUGAGUUCAUGGCUAAUGGGAGUCUGGAGAACUGGCUGCACCCGACUGCAGGUGACACAUCUAAUGAUGAUCAACUACAUGAGAGGAAUUUGAACCUAGAAACAAGAUUGGACAUUGCAGUCGAUGUUGCUUCAGCGUUAAAUUAUCUCCACCAUGAUUCUGAAUCACCCAUUGUGCAUUGUGAUGUGAAGCCAAGCAAUGUCCUUCUUGAUGAAGAUUUAACUGCCCAUGUGGGUGACUUUGGCUUGGCUAAAUUCCUUUUUAAUCCCUCUAGUAUCUCUAGACAGCUGAAUGCACAAGAAGACGCAAGCUCAAUUGCAGUAAAGGGCUCCAUCGGUUAUGUUUCACCAGGUGACGCCUAUAGCUAUGGGAUUCUUUUGCUAGAGAUGUUUACGGGAAAGAGGCCAACUGAUGACAUGUUCAAGGAUGGUCUAAACAUUCAUAACUUCUGUAAGAUGCAUGAGUUAACAGAGCGCGUGGAAGAGGCUAUCGAUUCAUAUUUAUCACUUGAAUUAAGAGAAGAUCAUAAUGAUACUGAAGUCACCAAGUCCAAUAUGUUGAGGAACGAAGGAAGAAACAUACACAAAGACACAAUGAGACAAGUCUUAGCUUCCAUAAUUCAGAUUGGAGUUAAAUUUUCUUCAGAUUUACCUUCAGACAGAUGUAACAUGAGCCAGGUUGUUGUCGAUGUACAAGCCGUUAAGAAUCAGUUUCUAAGUGUCAUGUUGUAA